GUGGCAGCUUGCGUUUUCAGUGGCGUUGGCGUUGCGCUCUGAUUGUGCCUCCAGUGUGCGGAAUCGGCGCGCGAAAACGAACAGCGCAACUGCUUGUUUGGAGUAACGUGCCUGUUUGAAGUAACGACGACAUGCACCACCUUUAUGCGAAAAUGUCAUGUAGAUGCGACGCAGCGGCGCGAGAAAGGCAAAAGUAGGCUGCCGACACCCAUGCCAACAUUCCGAAAAUGGUGUUUUACCUCACAUAUCCGGACGGUAAUGUUGAUCUGGAACUUCUGUGCAACAUAUGCCACCUUAGGUUGGCUAUUAUGAUGAAGAUUGCCCGGUGCGAGGGUAACGUCGACGCGGUCCGCAAUGUUCUGAGCAAGACGACACGUGCCACGAGUGCCUUGUCGAAGGGAGUCGACAGGACAGCGUCUCACACUUCUUCCUUAGGUUGUUGCUGUGCCCAUUCAAGUCUGCCCUCAACACCGUGGUACAGGCAGAGUCAAUGCUGUUCCAGUGUCGAUUCGAGGCGCUGAACUGGGACGAACGCAGAGCCAUCAUUGAGCGUGCUUUCUCUGAAUCUAAUGAACUCCUGAUGUGCAACAUCAACCAGCAAUUUCGUGAUAUUCUGACGACGCUGACAAAGGUUCUUGAUGCUACCCUGAAGAACUGGAGUCGCAUCGUUGAAGCCAAAAAAUUUUCUGUUAACGUGCCGUUCGAGCAUGCCCUCUCCCUCGUGAGUGCUCGGCGGGUCAUCCUACGAGCGGGCGAUGCAGUCAUACAGGAGCACCACCUUCCCGAGUUCCUGGCGGGCAUGUUCCUGGCAGUAUGCGAGCAAGGCACCGCACACUUCAAGAGGUCGGCGAAGUUUCGCACCCUGCACCAGGACGAGAGGAUGGUGGACCUGCGUAAAUCUUUAAGAUUUGUCUUUUCGCUUUUCCUGAAGGAGAUUGGGCUGGACUUGAAGGAGGCCAUUCAGUUCUGGAGUCGGCACUACGUCGAGCCCCCCGGCAAGAACGCCACUUGCAGCCACACGUGGCAGGCAAACACGUCGCGCCUCACCUACAGCGUGCGACACAUGUACGGCCAGGAGGGCAGGCGCAUUGACUACACAGCCCAUGGGUGCGCUCAAGUCCAGGGCAACAGCCUCUGUCCGUUCACCACCGACAAGUUUCAGGCCAUCUAUGGAGGAAAACAGGUGGAAGAUAUGGAAGACAUUGCCCAGCUCUGCGAGAACAAGCAGUACAUAGCAGCGUGCAAGCUUCACAUGGAGAGGAUUGGGAAACAACUCGCGUCAGAGAUGGUCUUGCAGGCAGAACCAUUUGAAAGCCGCGACACGGAGUACCUUCAAGAACCUCUAGUAGGAAUUCACAAACCGUCGCAGUUCUACUUCUACAUCAGAAAAUUAACCGGACUAUCCUAACCCCUUGUUUUGUUCCAUGGGGUGUUGAAGGAACAGUAUUUGAAUGAAUUUCAUUGAGACUACACACUGUGAAUGCAGAGCGUUCCUUUUUGUUCGGGCAUAUUGUCGCUUAAGUGAUGUACAUUUACUCAUUUUCUCCAAAGUAGGAAUUUAGGCUUUAAUAAAAUGCCUAUCUUUUGUUGUUCUCAAAGC